AUGAAAAUGAUUGCUAUCUCAACUUCAUUGUGUCUUGGAAAUCAUCAUUGUUUGAAGUUGUUUCAAAUGCUUAUGAGAAAUCAUAAAGAAACAGCUUCUGUUACAUUAGGUGUAAUUAGUGUCAUUGUUUGGAUGAUUGCUGAGAUACCUCAGUUAAUCACUAACUACAAUGAAAAAUCUGCUCAUGGUCUUUCUGCUACAUUCAUGUUGACAUGGAUAAUCGGAGAUUUAUUCAAUGUCUUUGGAUGCUUACUUGAACCUGCAACUCUACCGACUCAAGUAUAUACUGCAUUGUUCUAUACCAUGAUCACACUUAUACUUUGUUCACAAGCAAUUUACUACAGACACAUAUAUCCCCGACUUAAGUACAAGAAACAAUUCAAGAUUGAAACAUCAAAAGAUGAUGGACAAGGCAAUGUUGGAGCUGAAAAUGGCAAUGUUGUUGAACAAAGAACAGUCUUUGGUACGAGUUCACCAGUUUCUUUUCCAUCACUUGCUCAAAAAAGUCAUGUUGGAGGACAAUCAUACUACCAGUCAGCAAGAUAUCUAUCACAGAGUUAUACUCAAAAAUCAGAAUUAGCAGAAAGAUUUGCAUCUUCUUCUUUAGACCCUAUCGAAGAGCCUUUACUCGUUUCAUCUGUCUUGACGCAAUCCGCACCAUCUUUGAAGAUCAAGAAUACUCUAUGUUUGGUGACAACAUUAACUUUUCUAGUUGCCUUAAAUCUACUUCAUUCUCAAGAUACGGUAAAUCAUUCCGAGUUCUCAAAACCGAGAAACGAGUUUGUGAUUCAUGUCGGAAGAAAGCUUUUGAAGGCUAGUGGCGAUCGAUUGCCGAGUUAUGGCGCGGAAAUACACCAUGGCAUUGGAACUUACCUUGGUUGGGGAAUGGCAGUUAUAUACAUGGGUGGAAGACUUCCUCAAAUUUGUUUAAAUUUCAGAAGAGGUAGCUUUGAGGGUGUGAAUCCUCUAUUGUUUCUUUUUGCUUUAAUUGGGAAUACCACUUAUAUAGCAAGCAUAUUAGUUAGAAGCUUGGAAUGGUCGAAAAUCGGUCCGAAUCUUCCAUGGCUUGUAGAAUCUGGAGGAUGUUCCCUUCUCGAUUCUUUUAUUUUGAUACAGUUUCUAUAUUAUCGAUAUCGGAAAUCGAAAGCCUUGGAAAGUAAGUACAAACAUCAAGUUGUUGCAUAG